UUAUUUUUGUACAUGUGCAAGAACAAAAUAUUGUACUUCCAUCACAACAUUAAAUUUAUUAAUUUCGUAUGAUUUGGAAAUUUUUAAGAAAAAUGACUAUUGAUAAAGUUCAACGUUUAGACUAUAGCAAUAAAAUCAUUUUGGCACCCAUGGUAAGGGUAGGCACACUACCCACUAGAUUAUUGGCCCUAGAGAUGGGAGCUGAUAUUGUUUACACCGAGGAAUUAAUUGAUUUAAGAUUAAUAAAGUGUAAAAGAACAAUAAAUGAGGCUUUGGGCACGGUGGAUUUUAUUGAUCCCACCGAUGGCACGGUAACAUUUCGCACCUGUGAUUUAGAAAAAUCUCGCGUUGUGCUGCAAAUGGGCACCAGUGAUGCUGACCGAGCCUUGGCAGUGGGCUUAAAAGUGCAGCAUGAUAUUGCUGGUCUAGAUAUCAAUAUGGGUUGUCCUAAGGAAUUUUCCAUUAAGGGUGGCAUGGGUGCUGCUCUUUUGUCUCAGCCAGAUAAGGCUGCACACAUAUUAAAAACACUUGUAGAUGGCCUGCAAAUACCAGUUACCUGUAAAAUACGCAUACUACCCGACCUGCAAGACACCAUAGAAUUGGUCAAGAAACUGGUAAGUACUGGUAUAGCGGCAAUUGGCAUACACUGUCGUACAAGAGAUGAAAGACCACAGCAUGAACCACAUCCGGAAGUAAUAAGAGAGAUUGUUAAACACAUCGACAUACCGGUCAUUUGUAAUGGUGGCUCCCGGGAUAUACAAAAAUACGAGGACAUUUUAAAGUUUCGUAAACAGUGUGGUGCUUCCAGUAUAAUGGUGGCUAGAGCAGCUCAAAUUAAUGUGUCCAUAUUUAGGAAGGAGGGGUUUUUGCCCAUGGAUGAGCUUAUUUGUAAAUAUUUAAAAUUAAGUGUUGACUAUGACAAUCCUCCACACAAUACCAAGUAUGGGGUGCAGAGCAUUUUAAGGGAACAACAGGAGACACCAAGAGGAAAACAGUUUCUACAAUCACAAACUAUGCAACAAAUAUGUGAGAUUUGGAAUUUAGGUGAUUAUUGUCGUCAAAAGGAAUUAGAACUGCAUGAGAAAAGUAAAUAUGGCAGACGAAAAGUUGUGCCUGGACAAGUGGACAAUUCGGAUGUAUUGGAGACAGUUGCUAAAAAAGCAAAAAUAGAAAAUGAGGAAGAUAUAAUAGAAGAGAAUGUAGCUUUUCUCCGUAGCAACUACAAUAUGAAUAUAGACAAAUUUCCCAAAAGUAUCUUAUAUGAACACUCAAGGAAAGAGGAUAAAUUGCAACCAGUUUAUGAGACAGAGGGCAAAGAUAAACUGUUUCGUUCCAUUUGCAAGUACGAUGACAAACGUUACCGAAGUACAUAUUGGCAAAAGAAUAAGAAACAAGCCGAACAGGCAGCAGCCCUAGUGUGUUUAAAAAAUAUUGGUCUAGUCACAGAUGAAGAACUCAUAAAAAAUGGUAGUAUUUUAAGAUGAUCACAAUAAAAAGAUAAACUUUUUUAAAGUUUAAAACCAAACAAAUAUUUAUGUAAA